AAUUUCAACUAUAGGUGUUUUUUACCUUAUGGAGACACGUGGAUUUUGCUGUAAAACCGACUAAACUUUUGGGAGUUCCUGUUCAACAAUGUUUGCCAGUCUGGAGUUAAUUGAAGAGCUGUUGCGUGACAUAAAAGACUGAAAUUGCAGAAUUCAUUUUGGUAUCUUUGAGCAACUGGAAACUUCAAUUUCUUCAAACUGUGCGUAGGAAGAUUCUGCCAGGAAACGACUUUUGUUGUAGUGGACCAACAACUUGGAUACUGCAAUGGCUCCAGUUUUCAACACCUCACAGUUUGUCUCACUGACCCUGGUAUUGGGUCAUCUGCAUCUUCUUAAUAUCUGACUGGCUUGCAUUGUUGGAAACGAUGGUUUUGGAUGAUCUACCAGACUUAAAAGAUACAUGUAUCUCCUUGUACUCCUCAACGAUGGAAGACUUGGAGGUGGAUUUUGAUUCAGGACUGGAGGAAGAUGAACUGAAGCAGGAGACUGCUUCUGAAGAUUCCACCAUCUUUGUAGCCUUUAAAGGAAAUAUUGGGGAUAGAGACUUUGAGCAGAAACUAAGUAUCAUACUGGAGAAUGUGCCUGGCCUUUUACACAUGGAAUCCAACAAGUUAAAACUGCAGAAGAUAGAGCCUUGGAACAGCGUUCGUGUUACGUUUAAUAUACCCCGUGAAGCUGCGGAGCGGCUGCGGAUUUUGGCUCAGAAUAAUAACCAACAACUCCGUGACCUGGGAAUUCUCUCUGUUCAGAUUGAAGGGGAAGGUGCUAUCAAUUUAGCUUUAGCUCAAAAUAGAAGCCAAGAUGUCCGAAUCAACGGGCCCCUGGGAGCAAACAAUUCCAUCCGGAUGGAAACAGGUUUCCCCAUGCAGGGGGGCCAGGGUUUAAUAAGAAUGAGCAAUGCUGCAGCUGUAAUGAUGUCCCAAAGUGGAAAUGUGCCCUCCUCUAUGGUGGCAAGUGGUGCUAGUACUGACCUGCAGCCAAGAACACCUCGACCUUCCUCACAGCCAGAUGCAAUGGACCCACUCUUAUCUGGGCUAAAUAUCCAGCAGCAAAAUCAUCCAUCUGGAUCUUUAGCUCCGCAGCUCCAUUCAAUGCAGUCAGUUCCUGUAAACAGGCAGAUGAACUCGGCCAACUUUCAGCAGCUACAGCAGCAGCCACAGUUGCAGACACGUCCUCCCCAGCCACAUCAGCAGCCACAGCAGGGUAUUCGACCUCCCUUCACUUCACCAGCACAGGUUCCAGUUCCCCCUGGCUGGAACCAGCUUCCUUCUGGAGCACUUCAGUCUCCUCAAACCCAGGGAGCGUUGGGCACAUUGACAGUAAACCCGGGCUGGAAAAAGGCCCCACUGCCUGGACAAAUGCAGCAGCAACUUCAAGCAAGACCAUCUUUAGCAACAGUGCAAACUCCUACCCACCCUCCACCUCCAUACCCUUUUGGGAGCCAGCAAGCUUCCCAGGCUCACUCAAACUUUCCCCAAAUGAGCAAUCCUGGCCAAUUCACUGCUCCUCAAAUGAAAACACUUCAGGGAGGGCCCUCCCGGGUUCCUACGCCACUACAGCAACCCCACCUGACCAACAAGUCUCCUGCUUCCUCUCCCUCCUCCUUCCAGCAGGGAUCUCCUGCAUCAUCUCCAACAGUUAACCAGGCACAGCAGCAGCUGGGACCAAGGCCUCCCCAGAGUAGCACACUUCCCCAGGGAUUUCAACAGCCUGUCAGUUCUCCUAGUCGUAAUUCUAUGGUGCAGCAGGGGAAUGUGCCCCCCAACUUCAUGGUGAUGCAGCAGCAAAACCAGGGUCCACAAGGUUUACACCCUGGCUUAGGAGGAAUGCCCAAGCGCCUGCCGCCGGGCUUCCCCGCAGCCCAGACUAACCAGAACUUCCUGCAAAGCCAGGCGCCUUCCACGGCGCCGGGAACGCCGGGGAGCAGCGGAGCCCCGCAGCUGCCAAGCAGCCAGAACGUGCAGCACGCAGGUGGUCAAGGGUCUGGACCUCCUCAAAAUCAGAUGCAGGCACCACAUGGCCCACCAAAUAUGAUGCAGACCAAUCUAAUGGGACUUCAUGGAAAUAUGAACAACCAGCAAGCUGGUGCUAGUGGGGUGCCACAAGUGAACAUGGGCAAUAUGCAGGGACAGCCUCAGCAAGGACCACAGUCUCAGCUUAUGGGAAUGCAUCAGCAAAUUGUGUCCUCUCAAGGACAGAUGGUGAACAUCCAGGCUCAGGGAUCACUGAACCCUCAAAACCAGAUGAUACUUUCUCGAACUCAACUCAUGCCGCAAGGCCAAAUGAUGGUAACGCCACAAAACCAAAAUCUUGGUCCUUCACCUCAAAGAAUGACCCCACCCAAACAGAUGAUUCCCCAGCAGGGACAGCAGAUGAUGUCUACACACAAUCAGAUGAUGGGACCUCAAGGCCAGGUCUUGUUGCAGCAGAACUCAAUGAUGGAACAGAUGAUGACCACUCAGAUGCCAGGAAAUAAACAGCCUUUUAGCACGCAAAACCAGUCCAAUGUUAUGACGGGGCCAGCUCAACUGAUGAGAGGACCAACCCCAAACAUGCAAGGAAACAUGGUGCAGUUCACCGGGCAGAUGAUGGCGCAGCAGGGCCCUGUGAAUGGGAAUCCUUCCCAGGUCAUGGGAAUUCAAGGGCAAGUGUUAAGACCCAGUGGACCUGGCCCCCACCUAUCUCAGCAGCUUGGGGACACCACAACUACAACAAGUAACGAUGUGAACCUGACGCCGAUGCUGCCCGACGUUCCUGUGCAGCAGCCAAGUAUGGUGCCUUCCCACAUGCAGGCAAUGCAAGGAAACAACAGCGCCUCAGGGAGCCAUUUCUCAGGACACGGGCUGCCCUUCAACACCCCCUUCAGCGGAACCCCGAACGGCAAUCAGAUCUCCUGCGGACAGAAUCCCGCUUUUCCUGUCAAUAAAGAUGUCACGCUCACAAGCCCGCUCUUGGUCAACCUGCUGCAGAGCGAUAUAUCUGCAGGACACUUCGGCGUGAACAACAAGCAGAAUAACCAGAACGCCAACAAGCCGAAGAAGAAGAAGCCUCCGAGGAAGAAGAAAAAUAACCAGCAGUUAGAGCAAACAAAUUCUUCAGAACCACGUCCAGCUGGCUUGGAGGAGAAUGAUCAGUCUUCAAUGUCUGGAGACCAGGGAAUUAAUCUAGAUAAUACAGGCCCCAAAAUUCCAGAUUUUGCAAGUAGACCACCAGGCUAUCCUUCUCAGCCAGUGGAACAAAGGCAGCUGCAGCAGAUGCCGCCUCAGCUUAUGCCACAUACGCAGCAGCCCCAGCAGCAGCAACAGCAGCAGCCGCCGCAGCCAGCACCACAGCAGGCACAGGCAGCACCACAGACGCCGCAGCAGCAGCAGCAGAUGAUGAUGAUGCUUAUGAUGCAGCAGGACCCCAAGUCGGUCCGGCUUCCCAUCCCCCAGGGAGUGCACCCACCCAGGGGGCCUCUAAAUCCAGACGUUCAACGAAUGCCCAUGCAGCAGAGCGCUAACAUGUCAGUAAUGGUUAACUUGCAAGGUCCUGGGUCGGUGCCUCCAUCUCCUGAUAAGCAGAGGAUUUCCUUGCCAGGCAAUCCUUCUCUGGGCAAUAAUGCAAGAAAAGUGGUUUAUCAAGAUAAUGUACAGAAUCCUUCCAGCUCACCUCUGGGAGAGGUCUCAUCAGUAUCCACCCUUCCAGAAGGAGGUGGAGCUGAAGGCCCACCAGCAUCAGGCGCCCAGAAUAACUUGACAUCUCAUUUAGUAGUUUCACAAAACCAAUUAAUGAUGACUGGACCCAAACCGGGACCAUCCCCACUUUCAGCUGGCCAAGGUGCGAGUCCUCAGCAGCAAUCUAAUUCACUGCCAGGCACUCUGACACACCAUUUUCCAAAUGUUGCCACCCCAUCACAAACUUCAAGGCCCAAAACCCCAAACAGAGCAAGUCCAAGGCCAUACUAUCCUCAGACUCCUAAUAACCGUCCACCUAGCACAGAGCCUUCAGAAAUAAGCUUGUCUCCAGAAAGACUCAAUGCUUCUAUAGCGGGUCUUUUUCCUCCCCAGAUUAAUAUUCCUUUACCUCCCAGGCCUAAUCUCAAUCGAGGAUUUGAUCAGCAGGGUCUUAAUCCGACUACUUUGAAAGCCAUUGGGCAAGCCCCAUCAAAUCUCACAGUUAAUAAUCAGCCUAGUUUUGCUUCUCCACAAGCACACAAAUUGGAAAGCGUGGUUCUUAAUUCGGGAAAGCAAACCAACGCCGGCGGAACCAAGAGAGCAAGUCCAAGCAAUAGCCGAAGGUCCAGUCCUGGCUCCAGCAGGAAAACUACACCGAGCCCUGGCAGACAGAACUCAAAAGCAGCAAAGCUAACCUUGACAACUCAGCAGAAUCCACCUCUCUUGCAGAACAUGGAAUUACAAAGAAAUAUGAUGGUUGGCCCCUCUUCUUUGCCCACUCCUGUGACUACAAGUUUUCAAAAUAACAACAUGCCAGCUAAUCAGAGUCCUGCAAUUUCUGUUCCUGUUACGACUGGCAUUUCUGAGGACAGUAAAGAGAGCCUUAAUGUUCCUCAAGACAACGAGUGUCAAACUGCACAGGGGGCCCCAGGAAACAAGGACCCGCCCAGUAUUGAACUGAAAGGCAUCCCUACCCCAGAGAUAAAAAUGUUGGUUCCAGAAGAGCAGUCAAAAAAAGAUGGACAGUCCUUGGACCCUGGUAAGCUUCCAGCCUUGGAGGAAAGCAAACCCCUGGUAUCUCCAGCUAUGAGAGAGGCCCCAACUUCUUUAAGUCAACUUCUUGAUAAUUCUGGAGCUCCUAAUGUAACCAUUAAGCCCCCUGGGCUGACGAGUCUUGAAGUGGCACCAGUAGCUCCUCCUGGGGAGGAGCUCAAGAAGAUAGCUGUCAUUCCCCCGCUGCAAGACUCCUCCUCCGGCAAAGAGCCUUCUAGUUCACUCAGUUUGCCUCAGAGUAAUGAGUCUAGUUCAAAUCCCGGGCACCAGGAGUUGGGAGAGCUAAACUCAAAUGUUACACAGAACGUUCCUCCAGUCGUGCAGCGGCCUGUCGGCUCAUCUUCGAUUUCUGCUUCUUUACCACCCAACCAAAUAACAGUUUUUGUAACUUCAAACCCUAUUACAUCUUCUGCUAAUACAUCCACACCGCUGCCAUCUCACUUGCAACCCACAUUGGUAUCUACGGUUGUCACAAUGCCCAACGUAGGAACCAAAGUUAUGGUUUCUGAGGGACAGUCAUCAGCAGUUCAGUCUAACGCCCGGACACAGUUUAUUACGCCUGUUUUUAUAAACUCAUCAUCAAUAAUUCAGGUUAUGAAGGGCUCUCAGCCAAGCACAAUUCCAGCAGCCCCAAUGACUUCUAACUCCAGUCUGAUGCCUCAGUCUGUGGCAGUUGUUGGUCCUUUGCAUAUACCACAGAACAUAAAGUUCUCGCCUGGGCCUGCUCCUCCUAGCACAUCGUCUAGCAGUCCUGUUUCUACCAUCCCCACGAGCAGGCCGCUGGUUCUUAAUCCAAUGGUGCCUCCCGUCCAGCUGCCUUCUCCUGCUACAACUUCUUCAAACGUUCCUUCCCACCUCCCAGCUCAACAGGUCAAAGACUUUAGCCCAGAGGAGGCUUCUUCUCAAAGCGGUGGGACAAGUGACCAGGGUUCUGUUACAGCGACACAGUCUGGACCUGGUGUUUCACCUAUCCUCACAAGCAGUCCAGGAUCCGGGAACAGACGAAGUCCUGUCUCAUCGAGUAAAGGAAAGGGAAAAGUAGACAAGAUUGGCCAGCUCUUACUGACUAAAGCAUGCAAAAAAGUCACGGGCUCCCUUGAGAAAGGAGAAGAACAGUAUGCUUUGGAUGGAGAGGCAGAAGGGCAGGGACUCGAAAUGUCAGUCCCAAGUAGUUUGGGAGUGGAGCAAUCACCAGCAGAACCAGACAAUAAAACUGUGACACCUCCAGCACCCAGUCUUACAAAACAGAGCACUUCUGGGCCUGGCAACGUGAGUGUUAGCUCUGCUGCCGCCGUUCCUGCCGCGGGCUCUCCAGGCUUAGCAGCAAACACUCCUCCUGCAAACGUGCUCUCGGUUGCGACCACUCCAGGAGUCCCAGAAACGGCACCUGCAGCAGCAAGUACCAAUGGGAAUAACCAUGGCAGUUUGCCAGCUGAGCAGGCUGGGAUGGGUUUGGCGGAGGACAAACCAGGAGCCCAUCAGGAACUGCUCCAAAAUACAGCCUCCGCUCAACAUUUAGCCCAGAAAAAAAGUUCAGUUACAACAGCAGAAAGUACUGUUCAAAGAACAGAACUUGAAACAAAUGCUCCAGGAGUUGCUGGUCAAAGUAAUGAGACAAAAGAGAAUUGUGAAAAGUCUAAAACUCCAAGUAGAAGAAAUUCAAGGACAGAGGAUUCUGCAGCUUCACAAGAAACUGUAGAGAACGGACAGCGCAAGAGGUCCUCCCGACCAGCAUCCGCAUCCAGCACGGCAAAAGAAACGAGUGCCAGUGCAAUGCAGUCAAAACGAAGAAAAUCCAAGUAAAUUACUGCAUGGAAACAUGAAACUUGUAAAUGAGUGUGAAUUUACCGAUAGCAAUUUUGAGCUGUGAUUUUUCUUUUUUUUUUUUUAAAUAAAAUUCUGUACAGUAAGUCAUUUUAAUAUUGUACUGUUCCCAAUAAAUGAUUUUUUCUAAAAAAAGAAAAAAUAGCUAUUAAAAACCAGGUUCUUGUAAAAACCUUCUGGAUUUACAAAGUGAAGUCCAGUGUUAGCACAUUAGGUUAAUGUGUUUUUAAAGAAAUGGGAGGGGAGGGGCAGACAAUUGUAAAUUUAUUUGUUUCCACUUUUCAUAAACAAAUUAGAAUACAGGGUUGUCAUUUUUAGGUAUUAAAAUAAUGUAUUGUGCUGUUGUUUAAGUACUGUAUGUGAAUAGCAGUAAGAGGGUUAUAAACAAACCCAAUCUUGUUUGGAAAUGUAAAUAAUUUUAUUAUAUAGUAGAUCUGAUGUAUUUGUUGUAGAAAUGGACCAGUGG